AUGGAUAUCGAGCAUAAAGAUGAGACGGGAAAGAUGCGUGCGUCGCAACAGGUUACAUCUCAGGGACGACAACAAUUUUAGGGAGAAAGAUCAGGGAUGUUCAAACCGCGAUUCAAAAGAUGCAGUACAUCCAGAUUUCACAAUCUCGUAGGAUUUUUUGAAUUUGGAAUUCAAAAAAUGAGUUGGGUUUUUACCGGACUUGCAGUAGCAUUAAUUAUUGUCAUUUCUGCUAGCGUCACACUUAUCCUUUGCAAAAGAUAUUGCACGGGAUGGCAAUUUAGCACCAGGAAUUUUUGGAGCGUUUGCGAGGAAUGGAGACAGAGGCUUUCCUGGCUUUGGGCACCACGGGAAGAAAAGGUAGGGUUGGUAAAGGCUCAGCAUCCAACUGCUCAGACAAUACCAGGUCUAUAUUGCCAGACUGGAAAUGCCUCUCAACAUCUGUUGCACAGCGAUAGCGACAUCCGGCUUGAUGCACAAGGCGCUUUUACCAGGGACAUUCGACUUUUCACGCAAAAUGAGGUCCACUCGACAUCUUCCCCUGCUAAGGAGCGUCCGACUUUCCACGCAAAGCGAGUUCCACUUCACCACCCACUUGUCAAAGGGCGUCCGACUUUUCACGCGAAUCGAGGUCCACCCCAUCUCCUACCUGCCCAGCGGCUUAUUAAUAUGACUUUCCACGUGAAGCGUGAUCCACCCCUCCAUCUCCCUCCCUGUCUAGGGGUGUACGAUGACUUUCCAUGCGAAGCGAGAUUUGAGGCUGUCGACAGGGAUCUACAUCCGCCUCUUUGCGGCAGCACGAUACCACCUCAACCGUUGAGGCCCGCACCUCAACCACGACCGACCGCUCGUCCGAGGCCAUCGCCGCUUCAGACACCAAGUACUAUCGAUUAUAUCAGAAUGCACGAAGCCAGUCCAUUGACACCACCGCCAUCAUUGCAAAGAGGAUCGAUUCGAUCAAGAGCCCCCGGUCCGUCCGUGUUUCUCUUUCAGAGUGAACCGCUGAAGAAUCACGAUCCUUUCCAGUCGAUCGAGCAUCCCACCUUCGUGUUCGACAAUGCAAAGAUGAUAGCGGAGAGCAUCCAAAUGACGCCUUACUCCAGUCAGAACCAUGUAGAUUCUAGAUUAAUCAGGCAAUUUAAAUCUCCUUCCAAAGAGCCUGCAUGGCUUAGAUACGAUGUAAACGCAUCCAUAGAUAACUCUCGUGACAAGUUAAAUGACGAAGAAGUCAAUAGAAGUUACGAUAGUUACGAGACUGUUCAAAGGAAUCACAUGCGAUCAUAUACGAGGAAUGAAUCCAGAGGAUUUUCAGAUAGCUUCAACAUGACGAAUUCGUCGAAUUCAGCUAAUCAGAUAAUCAUGGAAUCAAUAUACGGACCACAGACCAUUUCUAAGAUGCUUCAGAAUAGCGAAGAAUUGAACGGCGAUCUUAAUAGAAAAAAUAACGAUAUGCAAAACAUCGAGAUGACUCCAUUCAAAAGUACUUCCGAUCAUCAAGAAGAUAUUGAUUCGUACAUAUUUCACAGCGAUUUGUCCAAGUCGCACAAUCUUCAGCGAGUCUCGCAAUAUAUUCAGAGCUUACCCGAUCUUCCUGUCUACGAAUCCAUGAAUGAGUGUCAGACACGUUCAAAUCGUGAAUCGAUAUUAUUCGCAAAUACAAUUCAAGAACCGAUAGUGGACGAAACGAAAAUUGCGAGCGAAUCGAUUUUGAGUCCGAUACCGCCACCACCCGCUCCUCCAGACCCAUCUCAGAACAUUACAAAGAAGAGUCCAACAACUGGUGAAAGAAUCUUCAGCGCACUCAGAUCGGUUACUUCACAGAGCUACAUAGAUGCUUCGGAGUUUUAUAAUUCGGUACUCUCCUCAGCACAGCAAGUACAGCAAUUUGCAUUUCCAUCGACAUCGCCGCCGACAUUCAUGAAUGAUAGCACUGAAGAACAUUUACAGGAAGCCGAAUACAUGCAAGAUAUGCGAGAAAUUUAUGCGGAAACCGAUUCAGACCUGUCUGGUCUCGAUGUUUCAAGACGGAGUUCUGAUCUUUAUAGUCCUGAAUUAAAUCUUGAAGCUCAUAGAACAGCGCAAGAAGUGUACAACAGUCUACAAGAUCCACCGUCGUCUCCCCUAUUGCUUAAAGAUCAUAAUCACGAGUCUUAUUUAUCAGAUCCCAGUUUUACCCGCACAUCAGAGGAUAUUUUUAAUAGUCUUGAACAAAGACGUAAAAGUAUAGAAAGGCUAAAUGGCAUCCACGAAUAUAUAGAACUUGACGCUACCGAUCUCUCGAGGAGAAGAAGUAGCCAAGAACUGUACGUCGCUUUAGAGGAAAGUCUGGAGGAGUCAUAUUUGGGUUAUGCGAUAAACGAUCACAAUAAUGCCAGAUCAGGAAAUCGUCGAAGUUCUUUAGGUCCCGAACCGGAACCACCUCCCGAUGAAUCCACUUUAAAAAGAGCUAUCAGUUGUGAAAGCGUAUGUUCCGAUACUAGCGUCAAUUUAAACGAUUUGGAAGAAGCACCCAUCGUAGGUCACAUUUGUGUCGGACUCGAAUAUGAAAGAUGGAGUGGUCGUGGAAACGACUGUGAAGGCGAUCUGGCUGUAAGCGUCUUAGAAGCCAGAGAUCUUGUUGCCGCUGAUGGCUCUUCUGCGCAAGAUACUUUCGUAAGAGUAUGUUUACUACCCGAUAGGCAGACCCAUGUGCAAACAAGAAUUUAUAGAGGAAGUCCAUCGCCUAGUUAUCAAGAGAAAUUUUUAUUUCCUCUCGAUGAAGGCCCAACAGGCAAAACACUUCUUGUUGAGGUAUUUUCUGAUGAAUCUAAUAUCAGUGGCGGCGCGUCUUUAAUUGGCGAAGCCAAUUUGAAACUUGGACCCGCAGCUAGACCACCAGCUACGACUUGGCUAGCACUCAGUGGAUCUGCUUUACCCAUUCCUCAUUUAGGAGAAUUGAUGUUCUCUCUCAGUUACUUGCCAACGGCGGAGAGACUCACCCUCGUAGUAGUUAAAGCGCGCAAUUUGCACGGCGCAAAUUCAUCUUCGGGUGAUUUCUUCGUCAAGGUAUAUCUUCUUCAACAAGGGAAAAAAAUGCAUAAAAAGAGAACAUCUGUAAAAAAAGGUGAAAAAAGUCCAAUCUUCAACGAGGCUAUAAUAUUCAAUGUGCCAGCGCAUACUUUACAGACUAUACAAUUGAGAUUGACAGUGGCAGAAAUAAACGGUGACCAAGGAACAAAUUCCAAGACAUACUCCGUAGGGCACAUCAUUAUAGGAUCUACCUCGAUGGGAAAAGCAUUGGCUCAUUGGAGACAAAUGCUAAUGGCCUUGCGACGUCCGAUCGCUAUGUGGCAUCCUCUCAGGAAGUAGAAAUAGAACGCGUUCCACU